UUUUUUCAGGUUGGUGUUAAUGUCCUUUCAACUCUUCCGGACUGUCAGUUGGAACGCACCGUGAAGAUGUCAGGUCGCAACGUGUUGGUCCAUCGGCGCACCUUCCAGAACGCCAACCAGGCUCAACACCACCACCACCACCACCACCAGCGAGGACAUCAACACCAUUCACCACCACCAUUGAGGCCAGAUCACACCACCACCACCACCACCAACACCAGCGAGGACAUCAACACCAUUCACCACCACCAUUGAGGCCAGAUCACACCACCACCACCACCACCACCAGCGAGGACAUCAACACCAUUCACCACCACCAUUGAGGCCAGAUCACACCACCACCACCACCAACACCAGGGUGCUCUAUGAAGGAUUGGCUACAGUGAAGGUCGUGGCAGAGAGUGUACUCAAACUCCUACUGUGAGCUACUUCUGAUGCCUGCGCCCUCACCACCCCUGUGAAGGACGCCCAGCUGACCCAACCCUCCUCGGAAAUGCGAAGAAGAAGAACAGAAGUCACAGUUGAACUUAGAAAGAACAAACGAGAGGAAACUUUCUUAAAACGAAGAAAUGUACCAACCAUAGACUCUACAACAGAUGAUGAUGAUGUGGACAAGCAGCUCACAGCAGCCAACUUAGCCCUUAUUGUGGAGAACGCAGCCAGUGAAGACCAGAUGGUACAGUUGACGGCAGUGCAGGCGGCCCGCAAGCUGCUCUCGUCAGACAGGAAUCCACCAAUAGAUGACCUUAUCCAGUCUGGCAUUCUUCCUAUACUUGUGAAAUGCUUAGAAGGCACAGACAACCUGUCACUGCAGUUUGAAGCAGCUUGGGCCCUCACCAACAUCGCGUCAGGCACCUCCCGGCAAACGCAAGCAGUGGUUCACGCGGGAGCAGUUCCGUUGUUCCUUAAACUCUUACACUCCUCCAGCCAAAACGUUUGUGAACAAGCUGUUUGGGCAUUAGUGUGCCCCUGAGAGCUCCCUGCAGCACAGCGAGUCUCUUCUUGGACGGUUCAGAGGCACAGAAGAUGUAGCCAGACUUGCCGGCCAAACCCGAGGGU